CUCGGUUUGUUGAUUACAUAUUUAACACAUUUAGUGAUCAACAAAUGUAAUCAUUGGCUAUGAGUGGUGUCGUAGUCAACAAUAACCAAACCUGAAAUGCAUUUCUCAAGAUAUAUCUAUAUUGUAAUCAUAUUUAUUAUACUUUUAAACUCAUUAAUUGAGUGUCAAAGGGGUAAAGGACGAGGAAGUCGACGAAGAGGUAAGACUCGAAAGCACGGAUCGUCUCGUUUUAUAUUUUAUACAAAUCCUAAACGACGAGAAUAUUACGAUAAUCCUAACGGCGCUCAAAUAAUACAGGCCUCGCAUUUUGAUUACGAGUUUUAUUUAGGACAUAAAAUAGUAUUUAUAUGUGUAGCUACUGGUGAUCCAAUGCCUAUGAUUACAUGGUUUAAAGAUAGCAUUGAAUUGGAUCCUCAUUUGCAUCAAUAUCUUCAGAUAUCGGAGUGGAAAUAUGGUUUGGAUCGCAUAAAGAGUAAGCUUGAGAUCGACCCGGCCCGACAAAUGGACAGUGGGUCUUAUGAAUGCAUGGCAAACAACAAGUAUUCAGUGGACAGACGUAACUUCAAAGCAGAUUUCUAAUCAUCAUUUAAUUUUGAAAUACUUCAGUAG